AUGAUUGGCGGCACACCCGUAGAAUUCAACGACGUCCAAUUCGAAGCCCAAACAUCACCAGACCCCAACGGCCCAUUGAGCAGACACUUCGUCAUCAUGAAGUUCCCUCCAGCGUUAAUCUUCGCCCAGCUUGUCCCGCCCAGAGCAUUGAUAGAGCCAUAUCCUGAAGCAUAG